GUAAAAAAGACUUUCACGGAGAAAUAAGGUUUAAUCAUCUCCUAAGAAGUGAUUAAAGCUUAGCUAAAACAUGAAACCAAAACUCAAAUGUCAAUCCAGUAGUUCAAGGCUGAAUCUUGAUGCCGGAACCUGCACAAAGAGCCACGAACAUUAGAGCAAUCAGCCGGAGAAUGAGCCUAGGAACCAAGGCUCAUCCCGAAGGCGACUUCGAAAGGGUGCGACGCCGAAGCAGGGUUGACUAGAUCCUGGUCCGGCUAGCACCGAUGAUGUCUACUCCAGACGCUGAAACAGCUCCAGAAGCCAAAUCCGGUGGUUCCAGGAGACCCUAAUCCAAAGAAGAGAAGCUAGCAGAUAAGUGCGGAGCGAUACAGGCGGAAACAAGCGGAGGUUCACGGCUCUCUACUCCGGUCCCUUCACACGAGCAUCAACUGAAAUAUAAAAUUACUUUUCUUAAACAUGCAUGGGGGCAUAACUUCUUUAUUUAUUUUAUGUAUAUUUGAAUGUGUAGUAGUUACGUUAUUACAAAACCAAAUGGGUUCAAACGAUAAAAAUAGAGUGUGAGUGUUGAAUAUCAGACGCUUUAGAGAUAAUAAUGUUAGGUUACAAAUAAAUAGAGAGAAAGUGGGAGAAGGAGGAGGAAGAGGAGACGUGGUGAUGUGGUGGUGAGAAGUUUGUGCACUUAUUCUUCCCUUGCCUUGCUUCCUCCUCCUCCUAUAAAACACCAUGCACCACCAUUCACCCCUUCAGAUCCAAAAUAUCUUAUAAACAUGGGCGGUGGCAUCAAAGUACACGGAGUUCCAAUAUCAACGGCCACAAUGCGCGUUCUCGCUACUCUUUACGAGAAGGGCCUCGAUUUCGAGUUAGUCCCCGUCGACAUGAAAGCCGGUGCUCACAAGCAGGAGCCUCUCAUCUCCCUCAACCCCUUCGGUCAAAUCCCUGCUCUCCUAGAUGGUGAUUUGACGCUUUUCGAGUCAAGAGCCAUCACAGAGUACAUAGCAGAUGAGUACAACAACAAAGGCGAGAAGCUUCUCUGCCAAAGCUGCAAGAAACUCAAGGCCAUCACAAAGGUUUGGCUUCAAGUUGAAGGUCAACAAUUUGACCCUAUCGCCUCUAAGCUAGCCUUCGAGCGUGUCUUCAAAGGCAUGCUUGGUAUGACCACUGAUCCUGCCACUGUGGAAGAUCUCGAAGCUAAGUUGGUGAAGGUCUUGGAUAUCUACGAGGCCAGGCUCUCCAAAUCCCCCAUCUUGGCUGGUGAUUGCUUCACUCUGGCUGAUCUUCACCAUCUCCCAAUCAUCUAUUACUUGAUGGGCACCGACUCCAAGAAGCUCUUUGAGUCUCGCCCUAAGGUUAGCGAGUGGAUCAAGAAGAUCACUGCCAGGCCUUCUUGGGUUAAGGUUCUUAACCUCCAGAAGCAGUGAGAUAUGGUGCUUUUGUUACAUCCCUGAGAUUUUUCCUUCGUUUGACAUAAAUGAUUUGUUCCUUUGUUGCUUAUUAUCAUUAUUAUUAGGUUAUGUAUCUCCUACUCUCUUUUUUGAUGUGUUGUGUGUUUUAUGUGCAAUAAAACAGCGGAGAUCAUCUAGCUAAACAAUAAGCAUUAAUAUUCAUUUACCGGACUUUGAAAUAUUACCUUGUACUUUUGCUUAUAUAGGCUCCGAUUGGUGACAUGUUGAUUUAAAGUUGAUUUACAAUCAAAGUUAUAACUUGAUGUAACUCGCAGUAGAAACUAUGUGGUAGAAACUGUAGAUUUAUGUUGUGAAUUUGCAGAAAAAAUAUGAGUUAUAAUUUUUUUUACUUAUUGACUGGUAACGUUUUUGAUGUAUAAAUUGCAGUAUAUGUAUACAUAUAUAUAAAAUAUAAAUAUCAGUAAUAAUAACAUUUAACAAUAAUAACUUAACAUGUUAACAAAAAAAUUAUACAUAAUAAUUAAUUUUAUUAUAAAAUUGAUUAAAUUUAAAAUAUAUUAAACUAAGUAAAUUAAAUUAAACUAAAAUUAAGGAAAUAAAGUAAUAUAAUUAUGUAAAUAU